UCUAUAUUCUCUCUCUCUCUCUCUCAUACAUAGCUUCUGCAAAUAGUUUACCCCACAAACUUCCAAACAAAAAGAAUUAAUAGAAAGUGAGAUUUGCAAGAAUUAAAGGAACCUCUCAAACUCCAAAUUCAACCCUUUAUAUAUAAUCUAUAGUUCAUCAUUUUUAUGUGGCUACCAUGUUACUAUUAAUAUCUCUUCUCUUUGUUCAUCAUCAUCAUCAUCAUCAUGUCAUAUCUCUCUAAUUCACAAUAUAUAUCCAAUAUUCAAAACCCCUUUUUCUCUUCUUCUUAUUUCAUCAUCAUCAUCAUCCAUGGCUUGUUUUGAGAUUUGUUCAUCAUGACCAUGGUUCCUUCUCAAACCAACAAAACUAAUGGUGAUUAUGUUUUCUACAACAAUACAACAAGUGAUAUGAACCACUUUCAAUUUCUUGAAGAUUACAACAACUACAAUAAUAAUUGUUUAAGAUCUGAAUUUUUGUUCAAGCACAUGGCUGAAGAAGUGGAACCGUUUUCAAGACAUAACGAACCCGAACCCGAACCUGAACCCGAGCUAGAAACUAUUUCUACCUCAAAGGAAAGCGAAGAACAAGAAAGAAAACCAAACAACAACAAUUGGCUUCAACUAAGCAUAGGUAACACCGUCCAGACAACAACUACUACUACAAAACACGAUGCUGAUCACAGUCAAGCUCCAACAAACAGUUCAAGUUUAUUGGAGCUUGAACUAUUAUCAACAAAUUGGACUUCGUCACAGUCCAAUUUAGAGCAACCUCCCAUCAGAGGUUGCUCUACUUUCAAUUCUUCUAUGUUUUUCGAACAAACAACUACCUCUUCUUCCUCAUCACCUGUGUCCGUGUCUAUGUCCAUGCCAGCAGGUCCAAGUUAUAGUCAUCAACAACAUCUAGUUCCACAUAACUGGGCAUUUGGUCCAUUACUACCACAUUCUAUGGCAAUUAUGGCUUCUUCUACAUCUUAUAUUCCAUCUUCUUCUUCUUUUUCUUCGUCGCAAUCUUGUUCUUCAUUAAGACCUUCUUUAGGACCUAAUUAUUAUCCUCAAUAUCAUCAUGCAUCACCUUUUCAUUUUCCUUCAUCUUCUUCACCUGGAUUUGAUCAAUUUGAUAUUGCUGGACCUAGCUCAUCAUCUCAUCUCACUUUUCGCGUCGUCGAUCCUCCUCGUCGACCUCAUUCCGGAAUAUGGUUCAUGCUACAAGCCUCACAAAAUCAAGUGAAAGAACCAUUUUUGCCUCAAAUACCUAAGAACUAUCUUAGAAUCAAAGAUGGAAGAAUGACAGUUAGGUUGCUCAUGAAGUAUCUGGUUAACAAGCUCAAAUUGGAGAGCGAAUCAGAGAUAGAGAUAACAUGCAAAGGACAACAACUUUUACCUUUCUUGACGUUGCAACAUGUGAGGGAUAAUAUUUGGACACCAAGGGACACAACAACAACAACAACAAGACCUUUGCUUUCAGAUUCCUCAACAACUGAUCAUGUAAUGGUGCUUCAUUACUCUAGAAGCACUUCUUGAAAAAAGCACUUCUCAAGUAACUUAAAUUAUUCUGCCUCAUUGUAUCCAUCCUUGUUAACUUAUUAUCUAAACUUUUUUUUUUUUUAAUUUUAGUUUUCAAAAUUUUCUAUUUUGAUGAGUUUUUAUUUUUAUUUUAUUUUGAUAUGGCAUAUCAUGAGAAUUGAAUUACCCUAAGACAGUGUUUAUUCUAUUACUGUUUUGGGGUGAGGGUAUUAUUGUCCAAAAUUGUAUGUUCAUGAUAGGUGAGUUGAGUGAGAAAUUUGGCAUCAAUUGUAUUAUCAAGUACAAGAUUCAAUCUAAUUUUAUAUACUAACCCAAAUUUUUUUCUUCUAUUUAUUGUUACUCUUAUUAUUUGUUUAUUCUAGAACAUUUAAGCAUAGGAAUGUUGUGAGUAGUGUCAUGUGAUUUUUUUUUAUUAAGUGGGUAUGGAAAGUAGGCGAGGCAAACGGGAAUGUACGCCUAGUUUAGAUCUGUUUUGUGAAAGUUCGUAAAAAAAAAUAAUAAGAUAGGAUAGACUUUGUUGAAGAUGUAUGGAAAGGAGGUGUGCUUGUCCGUCUAGUUUAGACCUGUUCCGUGAAAGUCUGAAAAAAAUAGGGUAGCCCAGACUUUGUUGAAGGUGUGCGUGUCUAAAAUCUUCCUUUGCGUCAAAAAA